AAACGAAAACAUCAGAUCUUGAAGAAGAAGAAAAACCUAAAGAGCUCAGAAGCUUACUACGAAAUUUUCGAGAAGAUGACUUUUACUAUUCCGAUUGAUAACGGAGAUGCUGUGAAGAUCGCAGAAGCAGAAUCACAAAGAACGCUGUACCCAUAUGUUACUGGAACUUCAAUUGUUGCAAUCAAGUACAAAGAUGGAGUUUUGAUGGCUUCUGACAUGGGAGGUUCAUAUGGAUCCACCUUAAGAUACAAGAACAUUGAGAGAAUGCAGGCUAUUGGUAAGCAUUCUCUUCUUGGUGCCAGUGGAGAAAUCAGCGACUUCCAGGAGAUUCUCCGUUAUCUUGAUGAGCUCACCCUGAAUGAUAACAUGUGGGAUGAUGGUAAUUCCUUGGGACCAAAAGAGAUUCACAACUAUCUGACCCGUGUGAUGUAUAACCGUCGCAACAAGUUCAACCCUCUGUGGAACACUCUUGUCCUUGGAGGCGUGAAAAAUGGGAAAAGUUACCUUGGAAUGGUGUCAAUGAUUGGUGUUAGUUUUGAGGACGAUCAUGUUGCCACUGGAUUUGGAAACCAUCUCGCUAGGCCAAUUCUUCGUGAUGAGUGGCAUGCAGACAUGAGCUUUGAAGAUGGUGUCAAGCUCCUUGAGAAAUGUAUGCGUGUGCUUCUUUACCGCGACAGAUCUGCUAUUAACAAGCUUCAGAUAGCAAAGAUCACAGAAGAAGGCGUGACGGUUUCUCAGCCAUACUCAUUGAAGACAUUCUGGGAAUUCUCAUCGUUCCACAACCCAACCGCUGGUGCUGAAGGAUCCUGGUAAGAAGCGAACGAAGCAACCACAUUGUCUGGAGAUCUUUCAAGGAAACUUUUUAAAAUUUAUGUUGUGUUGUUUAACGCUUGUACUGUAGUUGAUUUACUAUUAACCAUGGUGGUUUCUUCAUGACAUUCCAGAGUUCAAAUCAAUGAGGAUUUAUAUAAUGUUCUCAAUAUCUUUUGGAUAGUUGAGUCUUAGACCAAA